AUGGUUCGUGUGUUGGGAAUAUCUAUAGGACCACAGAUUGCGUGGGCUCUGGCCACUUUGGUGGCUCUCCGAUUGACAGUAUUCAAGGUGAGAGGGGUGGUUCCGGACGUGCCGGUAAGUCACGCUAUCUCCUCAUCGCCGGCGAGCACCAAUUUCACACCACCCUUUUACACGAGCGGUCGGCAUAUCCUGGACUCUGAGGGUGAGCCCAUCAAACUAGCAAGCAUAAACUGGUAUGGAGCCAGUGACGUCAACUUUGUUCCAUCGGGACUAGAUGUUCAGCAUCGAGAUGAGAUUGCCCAAUUAAUCAAGCGGCUCGGGUUCAACAGCGUCAGACUGCCAUAUGCCGAUGAAGUCGUUGUCCGAAAUCCUGUGGUGAAUAGGUCUCUCCUCUCUGCGAAUGAAGACUUACUCGCAUCUACUACUGACGUUGGCAAGCCUCGUGCGCUGGAGGUAUACCAUGCUGUGGUGGAGAGUCUGACAAAAGCCGGAAUCAUGGUGAUUGUGAACAACCACAUCACACAGGCAACGUGGUGCUGCGGAAUCGACCCGUGUGAUAUUGUCUGGUACAACGACUGGCUCGCUGGUGGGAUCUUUUGUCGUGUACCCCAAUCCGAAGAGCAGUGGAUUCGCAACUGGGAGACCAUAAUGCAACCCCUGGCGAAGAACCCACUCGUCAUCGGUGCGGACUUGCGAAACGAGCCGCGAGGGCUUUGGGGAACGCUUGACUGGAACGACUGGGCAACAGCAGCUGAGAGGGCCUCGGAACGCUUAUUGAACAUCAAUCCAAGCUGGUUGAUGAUUGUUGAAGGGAUCUCAUCGGCAAAUGAUCUAUCCGGUGUGCGUGAUCGACCUAUCAGAUUGACCCGGCCGAACAGGGUGGUUUACUCCGCUCAUGUGUACAAGUGGUCUGGUUGGGGGCAACUGUAUCCAUUCUCCAAGCGGUCAUAUCCUGACUUCGCGGCGGCCAUGACCUGGAAUUGGGCUUACCUACUAACCGAGGAGAUUGCGCCGGUGUGGGUUGGAGAGUUCGGUACCCCUGGUCAGCCCUCCGCAGGGGAUCGCAACUACUGGAGUCAUCUGGUCCAGUUUUUGGCCGAGGUAGAUGUCAGCUGGGGUUAUUGGGCGCUCAACGCGCGCAAACCGACUGGGGAUACCGAGAGUUAUGGUUUGGUGGGGGAUGGAUGGGACUGGCAGUCAGUGCGGUGGGAUGCACGGCUGGAGGAUUUGCGAGGACUGGGACUCAAUUUUAGUCUUUAG